AACCAUCCCGAGAGUAUAUCACCAUCAUGUCAGUACUCUUAUUCGGUCAACCUGGAUCCAAUGCUCGUCGAGAAUGGACUGUGAGCGAUUUUGUAAACGUAGACGAUACAGUACGUGGAGGAAGUAGUUCGAGUGAGAUGGAAAUCGUAAAAGGUGAUCCUCCACCACCUCCUGCUCCUGCAUCAUCAUCAGUACCGGAACCGCCAAAGAAAGAGGACAAAAAGUUCAGUGAGAUCUUGGCAGAAAGAACUCCAUCAUCGCCUGAGCCACCAAAGAAAAAGGACAAAAAUUUUAGCGAGAUUCUGGCAGAAAGAACUCCAUCAUCACAGCAAGAUGCAGGCUCGAUCGACUUUAGUGGAUUUUUGGAUACGACUACUUUGGGAGGAGCGGGAUUCGCAUCACAGGCAUACUCUCAUCCAUUACCCGGAGAUCCAAUAACAGUCGAUCGAUUUGCAGGUUUACGAUUGACUGGUCGUCGAUUGCAAGCCGCAAAUCAAGCCCGAUCUUUUUCUUCGAGAAGCGAAAAGUACCCUGGAGGUGGACAAGGACCAGUAACGAGUUUCAUCUUGAAUCUCAAAACCGAAACGCCAAAGAAAAGACCUGAUGGCAGACGUGAAUCUCAAUUGACGUACGAAUGGGAAAUCGAUCUUGCUUCUUAUGCUGCUGAUGGUGGCGCUUUUGAUGUGGAAGCUGCUUGGAAUGACUUUAAGCCAACUUAUCGUGGAAGACCGGUUGAGGAUGCCCCUAAACUUGAUUCAUCUAAAGUGAAGGAAUGGAGUAUUAUGGCCAGAAGUGAUUUCGGGAAACAAUCUGGGCCUUUUGCCGUCCGUUUGAUUGGUUUAAGCGCAGUUUUAUCGAUUCACAAGCGAGACUUGAUGGGUAGUGAGAAACUAUCUGCACCUUCUUACGUAUUUGCAACGGAAGAUACUUCUUCGGGAGAAUAUUAUGGCUUUGCUCUGUUCAUCUUUGCAACCGUUGCAUUCUUUAUCUGGAUCAUUUGGGCUCUCACGCCUGACAGCAUCUUGCAAAAGAUCGGAAUAGAUUGGUAUCCGAAUCGGUAUGUAUCACAUCAAAGCGGCGAUUCGAUCAUCAGCAAAGAGAAACACUGAAAAGUGUGGCACUUUCGGUCCAACUUGCUUCAAAUGCUAACAAUACUUCACCCUCUUCUGUUGUUGAUAUCAAGUGAAUGGGCUUUCCUUAUCCCGGCUUGGAGUUUGUUCGCCGUUCUUUUCGUUUAUGCCGCUUUCAUGUGUCUUAAUACGUUCAACAAUCCUGAUCUUUCUGAUCUAAGGCAGGUUGUAG